AUGACAAGUGACAAAUGCAGUCAAGCAUCGAAAAUUCUCAGAAAUCUGGACAAAUUGGAAAUCCUCGAGAAGAAAAUCUUAGAAUGUCAUCAAGAAGUCGACGAGUUUCCGUUACUAGUCCCGAGCGUCGUCGCGGCCGACGGAGCAGUGGCGGCAGGACGGCUUCGAACUCGACCGGACCCACUGGUAGGCGAUCUGGCGAUCAGCACCAGGUCAGAGACGGAGAUGGCGACGAACAGCGGGCGGGUGGCGGGAGCAGCUCAGACGGGAGCGCUGGCCGACGGUGGCUGGGCGGCCGCUGUCGUCAUCGAGUGCAUGAAGCACGCGGCCGGUCCGCAGCGCCAGGGACGCAGGGCGUAUCGCGCGCGACGCCGCACGCGUUGA